CGAGAAUGCGUAACAGAGGCUACGCGGAGCCCGAUCCCUGAGAACAUCGCUUUGGUAGCGGUUGUGCCCGUCUUCUCUCCCCCGGCCCCCCGGCAGUAAAAUGGCGACCAUAGACGGCGAUGUGCCCAUGGAGCCGGAGCUGGAAUUAACGAGUGACGAAGAGAUGGAGAGGGAAGCAGAAGGCUUCAAAGAACAAGGAAAUGCCUUCUACAUCAAAAAGGAUUACUCUGAAGCCUUUAAUUUCUACACAAAGGCCAUUGACACAUGCCCUAAGAAUGCCAGUUACUAUGGUAACAGGGCUGCCACUCUGAUGAUGCUGAACCGAUACAGAGAGGCGUUGGAAGAUGCCCAGCAGGCAGUGCGACUGGAUGACACCUUCGUGAAGGGCCAUCUGAGAGAGGGAAAGUGCCACUUGUCCCUGGGGAAUGCCAUGGCUGCCAGCCGCUGCUUCCAGAGGGUUCUAGAACUGGAGCCGGACAACAGCCAGGCACAACAGGAGCUGAAGAAUGCAGAAUCCAUUCUUGAAUACGAAAGAAUGGCAGAGUUUGGCUUCGAAAAGAGGGACUUUAGAAUGGUGGUUUUCUGUAUGGACCGAGCCUUGGAAUCGGCCUCCGCCUGCCACCGUUUCAAAAUCCUCAAGGCUGAGUGCCUGGCCCUGCUGGGCCGCUAUCCUGAAGCGCAGUCUGUUGCCAGCGACAUCCUGCGCAUGGACUCCACGAACGGGGAUGCGCUGUACGUGCGCGGCCUGUGCCUGUACUACGAGGACUGCAUCGACAAGGCCGUGCAGUUCUUCAUGCAGGCCCUGCGCAUGGCGCCCGACCACGAGAAGGCCCGCCUGGCCUGCAGAAAUGCCAAAGCCCUAAAAGCUAAGAAGGAGGAGGGGAACAAAGCAUUCAAAGAGGGGAACUACGAGGCCGCCUACGAGCUGUACUCAGAAGCACUGACAAUAGACCCCAACAACAUCAAAACCAACGCCAAGCUGUACUGCAACAGGGGCACCGUCGGCUCCAAGCUGAAGAAAUUAGAGCAAGCCAUCGAAGACUGCACGAAGGCCAUUAAGCUGGACGAGACGUACAUCAAAGCCUACCUGCGGAGAGCACAGUGUUACAUGGACACAGAGCAGUAUGAGGAAGCUGUGCGGGACUAUGAAAAGGUGUAUCAGACAGAGAAGACUAAAGAGCACAAGCACCUGCUGAAGAACGCCCAGCUGGAGCUGAAGAAGAGCAAGCGGAAAGACUACUACAAGGUGCUGGGGGUGGACAAGAAUGCCACGGAAGAUGAGAUCAAGAAGGCGUACCGAAAACGCGCCCUCAUGCACCACCCAGACCGCCACAGUGGAGCCAGCGCCGAGGUGCAGAAGGAGGAGGAGAAGAAGUUCAAGGAGGUGGGCGAGGCUUUCACCGUGCUGUCCGACCCCAAGAAGAAGUCCCGGUACGACAGCGGCCACGACCUGGAGGACGACGGCAUGAACAUGGGAGAUUUCGAUGCCAACAACAUCUUCAAGGCGUUCUUCGGUGGCCCAGGGGGCUUCAGCUUCGAAGCGUCCGGACCUGGGAACUUCUUUUUCCAGUUUGGCUAAAGUGGAGGAUCCCAGCAUGUAUGCGGUUACCCUGUCGUGGACUUCGUUCAAUUGGACUCUCCCUCCCACCUUGAUUUUAAUACCGACCUCCCAGUUUCUCAGUCAGAUGCCGUGCUUCUUGCCAUACACAGAAUGGCUGCUUUAACAUUAAGACAAAUCCAAACACCCAUCUUCCAAUGAGUAAGAAGGAAAGGCACACAUACACACCUUUUCCCUCUAGCAGUUUGACCUCAUUUCAAAGCUUCAGUUUCUGAAAGAAUUUUUGUGAGUACUGUCAAUAUCAAUAUUUUGACUUGGACUGGUUAUUCAAAUUUUUAAUGGUAACUUAAAUGCACACUUCUCACAACAAUACUUAUAAAUGAAUUGAAAUUGAUAUAAUGGCCCAUACCCCAAAUAUAUUUACUGUAACCAAUUAUAGUUCAGUUUUCCUUCAGCAGCAGCGUGGUGGCACUCCCAGCAUGUUUGAAUGAUAGCUGAACUGUGAACAGAACACACAGUUGACUGUGGCAUAAGGGAAAGUUGCUGCUGCUGCUCAUAUUUGUCACUAACACCCUGGCUCAAAGACGGCUGGGGUCAAUAUAGAGACAAGGCUAGGACCGAGAUUACGGGGGGUUAAAGAUGAACUCAGGCUCAGGUCAGAUAAUAACCUCCUUUCAUGCAUCGUCAGAGCGGUGUUCACAGAGCAGGUCUUCUCUGGAGAUUUAUUACACUGGCGUUUCAGUCCCGUCACUUGGAAGAAAUAAACCUCCAGAGAGCGUGUAAGCUAUGGCCCGCUGCGGCUAGCUCCAUAGGUAAAUGCUUUGUGAAUGCAGCCCUGCCAUGUUGUAGGAACCAUUUUUGUGUAUUUUCCACUGGCUGGGUAAACGGACUAAUUAAACGACUGUAUACAGCAUGCAGGUGAGGGACGAGCCGAGGGCAGCUGCCCAUUGUCUGCCUCGUGGUCAUCUCCCCGCCGCAGGUUAAUGUUCGAUGUUGCCAUUCACUCCUCGAUGCAUUGUACAUUCUACUGGAAUGUAAAGUGUUUAUUUGUGUUGAUAGUCAAUGACUGUUUAAUUUUUUGUUUUGUUUUUUGUUGUUUAUAUAUUUUAUACAUAUAUAUUUAUUGUAAAUUCACAAGCUGUAAUAGCCUCACCCAGGGAAUGUGGAUGCUCUUCUCUUUCAGAGAGGAUUUAUGGAGAAUGUCAGAAAAGUGUCCCCAUUUUUGAAUUUCCUCAAAAAAGAAAAAAGAAAAAAAAGAAGGGUAGCCACAGUCUUAUUAUGGACCGUUCUCAAACAACCAUGUAAAUAAACUUGGCCUUUUUUUGUUUUCC